AUGAACUUGCUGACCAAAAGAAGACAAGUGUCAGCGUCAGACGAGCCAAGUGUGGCAAGCGGGGGCCUUGCUUCGGGGGCCCCAGAGAAAGGGGAAGGCCCCGUCCUUCUGGGCCUUAGAUGGUCCGUUUGCCAUUCAGGAGGAGCCUGCUUCACAAGAGGCCCAUUCCCUAAAGAGAAGCAGAGCCAAGCCACGGAGGAGCAUCUGGCUCAGGAGCCCAAGCCGUCUGUAUCUGGUGGAUCCCGCCAUGGGCCUUGCUCAACCUUUUGCACUGGGGCCCCUGCGGCCAAAGGACCUCCGCUGGAAGAAGCUUCCAUGGUGAGGCUUGGCAUGGAGCCCUCUUCACCCGGCGGUGACCCCGGACUCAGGGACGUCUUCUCGGAUCGUUAUGGAAGGGGAGGCGCGGACCGCGGGGGCUUGGGAGAGACCCGGUCAAGCCCUCCGGCCGAAAGCACGAGACCCUCCUCUCCCUUUGCACUGCUGGAAGACCUCGACCUGUGGCUGGAUGGCUGGCAGGGAGCAGAAGGGGCCACCAUUAACGAGGGGCCACCGUUAAUGCAGGAGGAGAGCCCCCCAAAAACAGGCAAGGACCCUACACUGGAUCUCUUCCAGGCCAGCAUCCGCCAGGCCCAGCUCUGCGUCCUGGAGCUGCAAGGGGAGAUCGACCGGCAGGUAGGGAGCCCCUCCCAGGAGCCUUUGCACUUGACCACUGACAGUGAGGAAGAGGAGGAUGAGAAGGAAGAAGAAGAGGAGGAAGGCAUGCCAGAGGAGCAGGAGGAGGAAGAAGAAGAAGAAGAGGAGGAGAUGGAGUGCCUGUUCUAUGACAACCCCCUCUUCCAGGAAAGCCCUGGACCCUCAAGAGACACCGACAGCUUUGAAGACCCAGCUCCAGAGGUCCAGGAAGUGAGGUCCCCACCUCCCGGCCCCAAAGAGAUCCUGCUUGGCUGGAGAAGGCACCCUCCGGCCACCUCUGCAAGUGACCCCAGCCCUCUCUUGACCAGUCUGCCCCAAAGCCACCCUCUUCCUCCGCUGGUGAUCACCGAAGAAGGAGACGAAGAGGAAGAGCUGGAGCUCCCCCGGAAAGAAGAAGAGGAAGGCAUCAAGAUGCAAGCCCCAUGGUGCUUCCCUCCCCAGGCAGAUUGUGGUCUCUCCAGAGGUGUUUCCGAAGGUCCAGCCGCAGGUGCCCACCCAACUGGCCAAGGCCUCCAGAUGCAAGCCCCACGGUGCUUCCCUCCCCAGCCGGAUGGUGGUCUCUCCGGAGGUGUUUCCGAAGGUCCAGCCGCAGGUGCCCACCCAACUGGCCAAGGCCUCCAGAUGCAAGCCCCACGGUGCUUCACUCCCCAGCCGGAAUGGUGGUCUCUCCGGAGGUGUUUCCGAAGCUCCAGCCACAGGUGCCCACCCAACUGGCCAAGGCCUCCAGAUGCAAGCCCCACGGUGCUUCCCUCCCCAGCUGGAUGGUGGUCUCUCCGGAGGUGUUUCCGAAGGUCCAGCCGCAGGUGCCCACCCAACUGGCCAAGGCCUCCAGAUGCAAGCCCCACGGUGCUUCCCUCCACAGCCGGAUGGUGGUCUCUCCGGAGGUGUUUCCGAAGGUCCAGCCGCAGGUGCCCACACAGCUGGCCAAGGCCUCCUCUUCUCCGCCUGCAGCUCUUCCCUGGUCUCCACGCUGCUGCAAGAGACCCCUGAGUACCGUCCCCCGGAAGAGAGACCCUUCCCCAUCUCUCUGCCCGCCCAAAGA